AGGAAGGACUUUGGGAUGCAGAUUUCCUGAGUCAACACACAACCUUAGGUGUGACUUCUCAGCGAUGCUACUGUCUUCGGCUCAAAUGCUUUCCUCAAGGGCAUCAUGCCUGUUCCUGGUGUCCUACCUGCUUUUGUGGGAGAAUGUAGUCUUUACAUCCACCUGUGCUGAGAAGGAUGACACCAUCCAGGACUCCUUAGAAAAACUUCUUACAUUGACAACCUUUAUGUCUCACGUUGUCAGUAGUGAAACUGCAAAACUCUUCACCGAAUUUAAUAAUCAGUAUGACCAGGGCAAGAGAUACAAUGACAGAAUCCCUGGGACUUGUCACACUGAGUUUUUUGAUACUCCAGUAAACAAGGAGCAAUCUCUAGGAAGAAGUCCAGGAACACUAUUGACAUUGGUACACAGUCUAUUGAAUUCUUGGAAGAACGCUCUGAAUCAUCUUGUGAAUGAAAUGUCUGCAAUGCAAGGAGACCCUUCUUCUCUUAUCUCCAAAGCCAGAGAAAUUCAGGCAAAAUUUGAUGAACUCACGACAGGUGUUAAAAUAGUUCAAAACAUGAUUGGAGAGAGAGAGAUUGAGACAUACCCUGCCUGGUCUGGACUGGCAUCUUUGCAGUCAAGCAAUGAAGAUGUUCGCUGCUUUUCUUUUCAAACCCUGAUCCGCUGCCUGCUCAGAGAUUCUCGAAAAGUAAAUACUUACCUUGAGGUCAUCAAAUACAAAAUGGUUGAUCAAAACAACUGCUAAUAGCAGGUUUAUAUAACCUGCUUCUGAGAUGCCCCUUUAUAAGACAUUAUUGCAAAGCUUCCUUUUAAUUUCUCUCUCAUCUUUAAAAAUAAAAAUUGCUUGGAAGUA